AUGUCGUUGACGAUCCUCGUUAUUGGGAAUGGCGGAAGAGAACACGCCAUUGCCUUCAAAUUGGCCCAGUCGGACCUGGUAGCCAAAGUGUACGUGGCUCCAGGUAACGGGGGCACCGCCUCCGUCGCCAAAGUGGAAAACGUUCCCGACCUUUCCGGCGACCCUAAGCACUUUACCAAGCUUGUCGAGUUUGCCAUCAAGCAGGGCGUCAACUUAGUUGUCCCUGGCCCCGAACAGCCGUUGGUUGACGGCAUCAGCGACAAGUUUAAGGCUAUCGGCGUCCCCGUGUUCGGCCCGCUGGCGGCGGCGGCAAAGAUGGAAGGGCUGAAGGCGUUCUCGAAGGACUUCAUGGCCAAGCACGACAUCCCCACCGCCCGCUUUCACAACUUCACCGACGUGGCCAAGGCCAAGGAGUACUUGUCUACUGUCGACUACAGAGUGGUGCUUAAGGCCGACGGCAUCGCUGCCGGCAAGGGGGUGCUUAUCCCUGAAACCACUGAAGAAGCCAUCAAGGGCUUAGACGAAAUCAUGGUCACUAAGGCCUUCGGCAACGCCGGUGACGAAGUGGUCAUCGAAGAGUAUUUGGAAGGCCAGGAAUUGCUGAUUUUGACCAUCACCGAUGGCUACACUUUCUUCAACUUGCCUGCUGCUCAAGACCACAAGCGUAUUGGUGACGGCGACCAAGGGCUCAACACUGGCGGUAUGGGCGCCUACGCCCCCGCUCCCUGCGCCACUCCCCUGGUGCUCAAGCAAAUCGACGCCGACAUCAUCAAGCCCACCAUCGACGGUAUGCGUAAGGACGGCUUCCCCAUGUGCGGGGUGCUCUUCACCGGGAUUAUGCUCACUGAGGACGGGCCCAAGGUGUUGGAAUACAACGUCAGAUUCGGUGACCCCGAAACGCAAACGGUGUUGCCCCUCUUAUCGAAGGACACUGAUCUUGCCCGCGUCAUGCUUGCCGCUGCCGAACACCGUUUGGACUCGGAAACUCUCGCCGUGCAACCCGACACUUACUCCGCUACCGUAGUCAUGGCUGCUGGCGGUUACCCUGGCCUGUACGCUAAGGGUGACGAAAUCAAGGUGGACAAGGUUGCUGACAACGCCUUCGUGUUCCACGCUGGUACCACCAUUACUGACAGCAAGCUCGUCACCGCUGGUGGUCGUGUCAUCGCUGCCACUGCCAUCGCCUCCACUUUGAAGGAAGCUGUCGACGACGCUUACGCUGCUCUGAAGCAAGUUACUUUCAAGGACAAGUACAACCGUACCGACAUUGCCCACCGCGCGUUCAAGGACGCAUCGCUGAACAAGGGGGUCACCUAUGCUGAUGCCGGUGUCUCUGUGGACAACGGUAACCAAUUGGUCAACGAAAUCAAGGCCCAAGUGAAGCUGACCGCUCGUCCCGGGGCUGACUCCGACAUUGGUGGCUUUGGUGGUCUUUUCGACUUGAAGGCUGCUGGCUACGACGGCCCUGACACCUUGUUGGUGGCUGCCACCGAUGGGGUUGGUACCAAGUUGAGAAUUGCUCAAAUCAUGGAAAAGCACGACACUGUUGGUAUCGACCUUGUGGCGAUGAACGUCAAUGACCUUGUGGUGCAAGGUGCCGAACCCUUGUUCUUCUUGGACUACUUUGCCACUGGUAAGCUUGACAUCGACGUUGCUGCCAAGUUCGUCAAGGGGGUUGCCGAUGGGUGUAAGCAAGCUGGGUGUGCCUUGGUCGGUGGUGAAACUUCGGAAAUGCCCGGUAUGUACGGCCCCGGUCACUACGACACCAACGGUACCGCCGUGGGUGCGGUGCUGAAGGGGGCGAUUUUGCCUCGUACUAAUGACAUGAAGCCCGGUAACAAGGUGAUCGGUCUCUUGUCGAAUGGGGUGCACCUGAACGGGUACUCUUUGGUGCGUCACAUCCUUGAACACUCUAACUUGGACUACCAUCUGCCGGCGCCGUGGACUACCAAUGGCAACACUGUCGGUGACGAAUUGUUGGUGCCCACCAAGAUUUACGUUAAGCAAUUGUUGCCUUUGAUUAAGAAGAACUUGCUUCUUGGGUUGGCCCACAUCACUGGUGGUGGUUUGGUGGAAAAUGUUCCCCGGGCGUUGCCUAAGGGCUUGCAAGCGUUGAUUGACAUGACCACUUGGGAGGUGCCCCGUAUCUUCAAAUGGUUCGGCGAACAAGGUAAGGUCCCCGUCGACGACAUGGUUAAGACUUUCAACCUCGGUAUCGGCAUGGUCGCCAUCGUUGAAGAUCACAACGUUGAACAAGUGUUGGACGAAUUGAAGCAAGCUGGUGAAAUGCCCGUCGUCAUUGGUGAAUUGAAGGAGCAAGUUGGAGACCACCAAUGUGUGGUGAGAGGUCAGACGUUGUACUAG